AUGUCUACUGCGCAAUUAAACAACCAAUUAACCUCACAUUUAUCGGAACAAGUGACUGAGUUUCAUAGUGCAGUUGAAAACUCCGACUACGAUAAAAUAAAAGUUAUUUUUAAAUUAAAUACAGUUGACGUCAAUGCGACAAGUAAUUUACACGAUCAUACACUUGGAUUUACGGCUCUGCAUUUAGCAUCGAUUUCAUCGAAUCCAACCUCUGAAUUAAUAGUCGACUUAUUAUUAAAUUACGGUGCUAAUAUUAAUAGCAGAUGUCUAAAAGGUAAAACGGCAUUGAUGUACGCAGUAGAAUGUCAAAAUGGCGGCAUUGUAAAAAAAUUACUGGACAAUAGAGUUGAUGUUAACCUCCAAGAUUUGAAAGGUCUAACGGCGCUUCACUACGCAAUGCAACAGGGGAUUCCCGAUCUGGUUAAUUUACUUCUUAAAUAUCACACUGAUAUUAAUAUUGUUGAUAACAAUGAUAAGACAGCAUUUGAAUACUGCUAUGAUAAUAUUGUUUUUUAUUAUACGCGCGAAAAUUUCAAAGAGUUACAAAAUGACAAAUAUAUUUUUUGCGGAUUUAUCACUUUGUAA